AUAGAUAGAUAGAUAGAUAGAUAGAUAGAUAGAUAGAUAGAUAGAUAGAUAGAUAGAUAGAUAGAUAGAUAUGGUAAGAUUGAUUAAAAACAGUCAAACAGUCAAAUUAGGAACAUUUCUCUGGGUCUUGUAUCAGCAUUUGGUCUUUUUUCCAGCCAGUUUCCCCGCAGAGAGGAUGAGUGAGACUUCAGCCUCUCGGUCCAUCCGUCCAUCCCUCCGCCCUGUUCCCACCCUGAGAGUUUGAGCCGUGACGUAUUUACUGACGGGAGGGCGCGAGUUUUCACACAGGUGCCUUAUCUGCUUGCCAGUGCGACUAUUCGUGAAGAUAAACUGCGCCUCUUUCGCUCUUGAGAACAUCCUCCUCACUAUAGUUGAACAAGAAGACCCUACUUUGCUGCAGCUCAGAGACCAGGACAGAGCAGGACUUUGUUCUUGAUUGUCUCUUUGAUCUGCAAAACUUUUGGAGACAGUAAUUGGAAAGUUUUUGGACUCAUCCAAAAAAAAAGAACGAGAAAAAAAAAAACCAGAAAGGACCGCACAGAGACAAAGAUUUUGUUUGUCGUGGAGGACGGAAAACAUGCUUUAUCGUUUAUUCUUUGGAUGCCUGGUUAGCCUUGUUGUGACUUCUAUUGUGAAUGCUGAUGGUGGAGUGUUUGUUUUGGACCUGAGGAACUCCUCCGGGUUUAAAGGCUUCAGCGAUGCUGAAAAAGCCUGUGCUUCGAAACACGCCCGCCUGGCAUCCCUGGAUGAGCUCCUCCAUGCUGUGGUGGAGUGCUUCUUCUCAGAGUGCACCCGCGGGUGGCUGUACGGAGGAACGGUUGGGACCACCGUGUGCAAUGUUGCAGGCGGCUCCCUGAGAGCGGUGGAUGUGAGGACGGAAAACGCCACAGAGGACGCCGCACACCUGGACGCUUUUUGCAUCACAGACAAGGCCUCACCUUGCGGAGACCCUCCAUCCUUCCCCUACGCUCGUCUGCAGGAGCACUCCGGCUUUGAUACGGGGGACGAGCUGCUGUACACGUGUGCGCCGGGUUACGCGAUGCCCGGUGGAGACACUUCCUUCAGCCUGCUGUGUGACAGCUGUGGGGAGUGGUACGGGGCGGUGCAGAUCUGUGUCAAAGAUCACACUGAAAGCCAUGUAGACUAUGAGGACAAGUACUCAGAUUCCUAUGGAGAUGCAGAUCAUAGCCACGAGAGUCGAGAGGAGGUGUAUGGAGAAACACACCAGCGCGGUGGAAAGCUUUUGGAGCGGCAAGACUCAACAUUCCCGGUGAAGGUUCAACAGCAUAAAGAACCUGACGUAAGAGGGAAGGUGACGUUCCAUGCGGGGCAGCUUGAAGGAGUUGUAGAGGAAGGAGCGAAACAUGAGUCUCCUGACCAUCAUCUCCUGGGGCGUCCGAGCCAGGAGGAGGAGAAAACCGAGGUGGUGAGAACUGAGACAGCUGCAGCAACAGAGGAGCCCGUCUCUGUUCUGUCCCAAAAACACAUGUUCUGGUUUCCCUCUGAGGCCUUUCAGGAGGAAGGAUAUCCCGUCUCUACUGACACGUCAACACAAACAACACAGAGAACCUCUGGAGCCCAGUCUGAGGAGAGCAAGGAGCACAACAGCCAAGAGGUGCCCAGCCACCAACAGUCUAUCGAUGUGGACCACCAUGAUGACGAUGAAGAAGACGCUAACGACCGUGAUAAAGAUGACACUGAUGACCAUUAUGAUGACCCUGACAGUCAUCAGGAGGAAGACCGAGACGAUCAUGGGAAACACCCGGCUCUCCACGAGGAUCUGGACCAUCACACCACCAGCCGCGAGGAUCACGAUGACCACUACGACAUGGGAGAACACGAGGAAGAACGUGGUCGUGUUCCCUACGGCAGUCAGGAGUACGACGAUGGAGAUGACACUCCUGACGACCACCACAGCGUUGAGGAUCACGAUGGAGAGCAUCCCGACGUCUCUAAAGAGCAUCCCGGCGAUCGUGACGACCACCACGAUGAUCAUGAAGACGAUGAUAUCCACGAUGAUCAUGAUAGCCUUGAACGUGAUGGCAGUCGCCCGCGUGUUGUCGUUUCUGUGGCAGCAGAGAAGCACCAUAAUGCUUCCCAGAGAGGAACGGGAGGCAAGGCCACCAAAGCUGAGACCUGGCUGGACGGCUACCCUGUUGCUCGAGAAAAAACAAAACACGGGGAAUCCAAAACCGGCACCAACGUUGUGAAGAUGGCAGACAGACCCAAUGAGGUGGAAGUACGUCGACCGGCCACCAGCUCACCAAGCGAGCACGACUCUACAGGUAGGGUACCCGAACCGGAUCAUGGCGUGGUGAUACUCGCUGGUACUCCUGCUGCCUUCCCCGACCUGCUCCGGCCUUCUGACUCCCCCUCGUACUCCGACACCUUGGAUUACGACACACAGCAGGCAGCUCCCACCCACUCCUGGCUGGACGAUCUCACCGAGCAGCCUUUUCAGGACCACGGCCCGGCUCCUCCUGUGCACAACGGCGAGGCCUUCACCGGCGUGAUGGGGGGGCACACGGUGCACAACCUGCCCGGUGAAGCAGGGGAGAGAGGUGAGUUGGAAGGAGACAUGAGGGAGACCAUGUGCACGGGGGAAAACUGCCCUCCUCCACCUCCCAUCUCCUCCGGCCGAGGCCCCAAGGUGGCUGCCAUCAUUGUGGCGGUGUGCGCUGUUGCCACGGCAGUCAUGGUCGGGGUGUGGUGCUACCGACGGCAGCAGCAGAAGAGCUCACCCUACGAGAUGAAUGGGAAGGGCCAAAGUCAAAUCACACAGGGCCAACAGAUAGAGAUGCAGCAAAAGGUGUGAGGCGUGAAGAGGACGUAAACAUCCAUCCUUCUCUCCACGACAUCAUUUCCUUAUUUCUCCAUCCAGCUGGACACAUUAUUGAACUGUGUCUCAACUCCAGGUACUGGAAGAAAAUGUAUUUGAUAUGCGUGAAAAACAGAACAUAAUAUAUAGGAAACAGAGACUUUAAGGGUCUUGGACACAAAGGUGAAGAAGAGUGUGUUCAUCUGCUUUUAUGUUGUUUUGUUUUUCCAGUGUUUCUCAUCCACAUUUAUCAGUUUUUUUUUAAUGUUCACAAAAAGUGUCAUAAUUUAGAACGUUUUUGCACCAUUUUCAAAAAAGGAUAGACAAAUGGGGCAGCUCAGCCUCUGGGAACGUAGGAAUAAUAAAUAAUGAUCGCAAAAAGGAGAAAGCUCUAAAACAUUUCAUUUAUUCCUCUGUGGGCAAAUAGUUUGGAAAAAAAUGUGCUUACAGGAAUUUGUGUCUCAUGUUUGUGGAAUCUGUAGACGUAUAUAUUUUUGAAGUUUCAGAUGCACAUACCUGACUGGCAUUUAAAAAGCACGGAGAGGUGCUGCCAUGGCAACAGAAACUUUCUUCUUUUUGAGGUCUGAUUUCCAUGUAUAAUAUAUCACACCUUAAUGGUUUUUCAAUAGAAAUGACUCCUUUGAAGCAUUAGAGUUGGGAUUUGAUAAACUGAAGUCUAUUUUGCUUUUGUAUCCCCUUUUUUCUUACCCAUUUUACCCCGUUCGCCCCGAGGGACUCCACUUGAAGCCGUUAUCUCCUCUCAGCACAGGUUUCAGACUCUUUCACCUCCCUGAUGAGGCGAGAACAUCCUUGAAAGGGUUUUGAGUUUGUCCUUUUUCAUGACUUUUGCUGCUCAUAAGUAGGCAAAAUUCACCCUCUGGAAGACAAUAAAGGACUAUUUGGUUAUUUGAUCUCUGAUUUGCGUAGAAACUUCUAUUUUUUUUUUUUUUAUUCAAAGAGAUUUUCUUUUUUUAUUGGUUGAAAUUUCAAUUAAUACGUGUUGAAAAGAAGACGACUGUGGCUCUGAAGUGUAAAUCACUCAAUGUAAAAACUUGUUGAUGAUCAGAACAUGAUUUGCCCCUUCAGGGUUACCGUAGAUAGCAAAACAAGAGAAAAAACAUAUAUUUAUUAUUUUGGGGGGUUUUUUACAAGACAAUAUGGAAAAUGACAAGCUUUAACCAACACAAUAUUUGUUCUUGCUUUACUAAAAAAAAGAAAAAAAUACAUUUGAGGAGCUGUUAAAGAGAAAAAAAUAG